AUGAAUCUAAUCGUGAAGCUCCGCAGAAGUUUCAGAACACUGGUCAUUCUUCUGGCGACCUUCUGCUUGGCAAGUAUUGUCAUUUCUGCCUAUUACCUCUACACUGGCUACAAGCAGGAAAUGGCCCUCGUGGAAAUGACUGGAGAAGCGGAAUGUGGAGACCUCAAGCUUCUACCAUACAGGUCUAUGGAGCUGAAAACAGCUAAGCCAAUUGAUCCAUCUAAAACUGAUCCCACUGUCCUCCUGUUCGUGGAAAGCCAGUACUCCCAGCUGGGGCAAGACAUCAUAGCCAUCCUCGAGUCCAGCAGAUUUCAGUACCACAUGGUCAUUGCGCCAGCUAAGGGGGACAUUCCCCCUCUCACAGACAAUGGAAGAGGAAAAUACAUGAUUGUUAUAUAUGAGAAUAUUUUAAAGUAUGUAUCCAUGGACUCGUGGAAUAGAGAGCUUCUGGAAAAAUACUGUGUGGAAUACAGUGUUAGCUUAAUUGGUUUUCAUAAAGCCAAUGAAAACAGCUCGCCCAGUACAAAACUGAAAGGAUUGCCAUUACAUCUUUACAAUAAUGUGGCCCUCAAAGGCUGUGUGGUAAACUCUCAGUCUCCUCUGCUGCGCAUUACCAAAGCACCAAGGGUUGAGAAAGGUCCACUACCUGGGGAAGAUUGGACAGUUUUCCAGUUUAACCAUUCCACCUAUCAACCCGUGCUUUCAGCUGAACUGCAGACCUCCAGACAGCACCUCACAGCAUUGCCAAAGGCUGCUCUGUAUGCAACUGUCAUCCAAGAUUUGGGGCUUCAUGAUGGGAUUCAGAGAGUCCUCUUUGGAAACAACCUGACCUUCUGGUUGCACAAACUGGUCUUUAUUGAUGCCAUCUCUUUCCUAUCGGGGAAGAAGCUCACCCUGUCCUUGGAUAGGUAUAUUCUGGUUGACAUAGAUGAUAUCUUUGUUGGGAAGGAGGGAACAAGGAUGAACAUCAAUGAUUUAAGGGCUCUGCUUACCACAGAAGAUCUCCUAGUCCUUUGUAUUAUAGAAGUUGUGCAAGGUCAUGUCUGGCUAA